AUGCCAUACCACUUGAAUACCUAUGAAGAGCGGGUACAGAACUUCUCCAACCCUACUGCUCGGUCGCUUCUGGAGACCAUGUCUAGGAAAAAGACCAAUCUAUGCAUUAGCGUAGAUGUGACUACCAAGGCCAGCCUUUUGAGAAUUGUGGAUGCGGCAGGACCCAGUACCCAUAUAGACAUUGUCGAAGACUUCGAUCAAGACUUGGUAGAUCGGCUCCAACAGCUAUCCAAAAAGCAUGAUUUUCUAAUUUUCGAAGAUAGGAAAUUUGCGGACAUCGGAAACACAGUCACUCUACAGUACUCUCGAGGGGUACACCGCAUCUCCUCUUGGUCCCAUAUUACCAACGCUCAUAUCGUACCCGGUCCGGGUGUCAUAUCAGGACUCGCCCGUGCUGGUCAGCCUCUCGGUCGAGGCCUACUUCUACUCGCAGAGAUGAGUUCUGCUGGUGCAUUAACUACGGGCGAAUACACGAAAACGGCUGUCCGUCUUGCCAACGAAAACAGUGAUUUUGUAAUUGGCUACAUAGCAAUGAGCCGUCAAGGAGUUCAAAGUGAUUCAGAAAAGGAUUUUCUUAUCCUGACUCCUGGCGUUGGGUUAGAUACUAAAGGUGAUGGAUUGGGCCAACAGUAUCGGACGCCUAGGGAAGUCAUCUUUGACAGCGGAUGCGAUGUAAUUAUAGUCGGGAGGGGUAUUUACGGGAAAGGAGAGGGUAACGACAACGAAUCUAUUAGAAAAGAUUCGGAGAGAUAUCGAAAAGAGGGAUGGGAGGCCUAUGAAUCUCGAUGUAGAGACUAA